CCAUUCUUCACAUUUCUUCUUUGAUUUUUUGUUCCUCCAAUAUUAGUUUCUUUGAAAAUUUUGUUUGAAAAAUAGAAGAAAAGUCACCAAGUUUGAAGAAAUGAGGAAUCCUAAUUCACUCAAGCAAGAAUUUCUCAAGAAAUGGAUAAAAGGUCUUCAAAUAUGUAAUGCUACAAAGAAAAAUAUGAGUAUAAUGGAAAGAAAAAAAGCUAUAAAAUUAUCAGCAGAUAUAGCAAUGGCUUCAACAAGAAAAUCAACAAUUUAUUGGAGCCAUGCCCUCAUGAAAAAUGCUUUAAAAGAUGAUACAAACAAAAUCAUCAUGAAAAAUAUUCUUGGAUCAAAUGAUGAUAACAAUAAUAAUAAUAAUAAUUUGAAGAAAACUUCAAUGGGAAUUAAUUCUAUGUCUCAAAAUGGAAUUAUUAGAAGCAAGAAGAUUAUUAAAAAGAGUUGCAAAAUUUCAAGAAGAGCAAGAAAAAUUAUUUCUCCAAAUAUUAUUGCAAAAAAAAUGGUGAAAAAAAGAACAAAAGUUCUUAAAAGUCUUGUUCCUGGUGGAGAAUACAUGGAUGAUGCUUCUUUAAUUAAAGAAACCCUAGAUUAUAUUAUUUCAUUAAGAGUUCAAGUUGAUGUUAUGAGGCAUCUAGCUAAUAAUGCUAGUUAUGAGAUUAAUGAUCCCAAAACAAGGUUGUAGUUUUUUUCUUAAAAAAAAAAUAAUCAUAAAAGUGAUCAAUUCCUUAUUUUA